GGGGGCAGGGUGGCUCCCCAGAGCAAGGUGCUAGCUGGGACAAGGAGCAAUUCUCUGCCUAGGUGGCACUGCCUAGACCACUGGACCCCUCAUGGCAGGGGAGAGCUUUCCUUUCACAUCCUCCACGCUGCGUGCUCUCCGCCUGCAGAGAGAGUGGCUGGACUGGGAGGACAGGAGGAGGGCUGCUGCCCAUCGGUGCCGCAGCCACAGGGAACUCCCUAGUCCCCAGGCCCUCAUUAGGCCUCGCCGCUCCUGCCGGGACCCAGCUGUCCACAAUGCCCUGUUCUCUGGGGACCUACAGCAGCUCCAAAUCCUGUUCCAAGAUGAAGAAGCUGCCAACAUGAUUGUGGAGACUGUGAGCAACCAGCUGGCCUGGUCAGCGGAACAGGGAUUCUGGGUGCUGACUCCAAAGACCAAACAGACGGCACCUCUUACCAUCGCUGUGGCCAGAGGCUACACAGACUGUGCCCGACACCUUAUCCUGCAGGGAGCUGAGCUUGAUGCCCGCAUUGGAGGACGUGCUGCCUUGCACGAGGCCUGUGCCCAAGCCCACCCCGACUGUGUUCGACUGCUGCUCACAUUUGGUGCCAAGGCUAAUGUAUUGUCUGAGGAGGGUAUGACCCCCCUGCACCUCUGCACAGCUCCUGAGUCUUUGCAGUGCGCCAAGUUGCUGCUGGAGGCUGGAGCGUCUGUGAAUGUGGCAUCGCAAGAGAGCGAAGUAACGCCCCUGCAUGUGGCUGCGGCUCGUGGCCUGGAACAACAUGUGGCCCUCUAUCUGCAGAAGGGUGCAGACGUGGCUCUGCGCACCAGCCAGGGAGAGACCGCGCUGAACGCCGCGUGCGCUGGAGCAGAGGGGCCAGGCAGCAGCCGGCAGCACGAGGCUGCAGCGCGACAGCUCCUGGAAGCUGGGGCUGAUCCCCAGGCUGCAGGUCGCAAGCGCCACACGCCACUGCACAACGCCUGUGCUAAUGGCUGUGGAGGUCUGGCCGAGCUGCUGCUGCGCCACGGGGCAAGCCCUGGAGUCACCAAUGGGGCAGGCCACACACCCAUGGACUGCGCUCUGCAAGCGGUACAGGACGCCCCCAACUGGGAGCCCGAGGUCCUCUUUGCAGCGCUGCUGGACUACGGGGCUCAGCCCGUUCACCCUGAGAUGCUGAAACACUGUGCCAACUUUCCUCGGGCCCUGGAAGUCCUCCUUAAUGCCUAUCCAUGUGUCCCAUCCUGUGAUACCUGGGUAGAGGCUGUGCUCCCCGAGCUGUGGCAGGAACAUGAAGCCUUCUACAGCUCGGCCCGAAGCAUGGAAAACCAGCCAAGAAGGCUGCAGCACCUGGCCCGCUUGGCUGUUCGAGCUCAACUGGGUAGCAACUGUCGGCAGGCUGCCGCGAAGCUCCCGCUGCCUCCACUGCUCAGAGACUACCUGCUGCUGGGUGUGGAGGGGCGAAUCCAGUGAGCACCGAACUUUCACCUGCUCCUAUAACCCAGUCCCUGAAAACCAACCACUGCCCCGCUUCUUCUGCGCUUUGCAAGCCCUCCAGGAGUAGCUUGUCCCUCCACUGAUAUCUCCAGCCACCCCCUGAUCUUCAGGCCUUCUCAGCCUAUCCCCAAAGAAACCUUUCGUGACAA